AGUUAUAUAGACCGGAUUUUAACAUAAUCAUACGGAUAUCUACAUUAACAUGAGUUUCAGGUUAACUUUGAGAAAAUCGUUUACUGUAAUUGUGUGCAUAGUUACCUUAUUAACAAUAAAUACGUUAUUCCACGCUUUUAAAUAUUCACCACGGAAGCCGAUUUUUAGAGCAAAACUUUGGAAUGAUUUUCAUGCGGAUCAUUUUGUUCGGCGGUUUAAUUCGUCGAGUGAGAAGCUUACUGAAAUGAAGGUUGUAAACAGGUCAGAUCCGAAAACGGGUGAGUUAGAAGAUUUCACUAUGUAUAGUCUCUUGGAUCCCAAAGAGCAGUUUGAAACAUCGUUUAAGAAAUUUGCAGAAAAUGCCACACAAAAGGUACUGCUAAUAUUCAAUAUGCCAGGAUUUGAGAACGUAGUGACGACAAAUGAAAAGUUUAAGACUUGUGAAUACAACAACUGCAUGAUGACAAGCGACAAGUCUUACCUUAAAACGGCCGAUGCUCUUUUGUUUAUAAUAUGCAACAAAGGUAUGGGAUCUAAACCACCGAUUAGCCAGCAGAACAGAAAUCCCAAUCAGGCAUGGAUAUUCAAGUGCGGUGAAACGCCAAUACAUCAUUGGUUUAGUGAUUAUAAAUCAGCUGCUUGGGAUAACACAAUGAAUUGGUCAAUAUCUUACAGAAUCGAUUCAGAUAUGCCACAUCCUUAUGGAUAUCUUAAAACUAGGACAGUCCCAAGAACAUUGGAUUAUGAAUCUAUUUAUCAAGCUAAAACAAAAACUGUUCUAUGGGUUGUAAGUAACUGCAAUACACAAAGUGCACGUGGUCAGUAUGUCGCUGAACUUCAGAAGUAUGGAGUAGAUGUUGAUAUUUACGGGCGAUGUGGACCAAACCAUCGCAUUGACAAUGACAAUUUGAAUAAGAUAAUGCCAAAAUAUAAGUUUUACCUUGGAUUUGAGAAUUCUUUAUGCAACGAUUAUGUCACAGAAAAGCUUUUCUUUUAUUACGACUUUAAUUGGAUUGUUAUUGUCCGAGGUGGCGCCGACUACGAUCAUCUGCUACCGACGAAAACUUACAUUAAUACUGCCCACUUCUCAAAUGUGUCACUCUUGGCCGAAUACCUUUUGUAUCUUGGGAAUGACAAAGACAGAUAUGUUGACUUCUUGCGGAAGAAAGAUCGUUAUGAACAAAAGUACGAAUAUGGACAUAAAUAUAGUAUAUGCGAAAUCUGUAGAAGAUUAAAUAAUGUUUCGAAGUUUAAGAAGACGUACAACAAUAUGCGUGAUUAUCUUGAAAAUGGACAGUGUCGAAUGCCCACAGAUGUCAAGAGUUCGGUGAGUCAUACGCGAUAUCAGAAUCACGAACGCGUGUUCAAUCCUGUUAAAUGACUAGACUGGUGAAUGCAAUGUCAGUUUCUUAACACUUCUUAUACUAUUUGUGUAGGUAAAAGAGUCACUGUCAAUCUGCAUGAUAGGUCACACUCGAAUCAUGACAUUAGAAAAAUCGGUUGUCACACCUCUUAAAAAACAGCCAGCCGUCUACCAGCUUGACUCAUCUCUUGAUAUUUUUUCUAACAGAAAAUGUAAAAAAAAACUCUGCUGAUAUCUGAUCUGACAACAUUUUCUAAUGAAUUUAAUAAUUUGUGGUUACUGUUACUUUAUAUAGUAUUAACAAUUUCAAAAAGAUGUAUUCGGUAUAUGUAUCAGUUUACAGGGUUAACAUAAUUAAGCAAAAGUUGAAGAUGUAUUCAAUACGCCAAUGUUUUUAUAGAUAGUCAUGAAGAAGUAGAUAAUUAGGGUCCCGCCUAUUCAGACGUUAUUUAAACUUCCCACAAGUACAAGUUUAUCAGCAGUGCACAUAAUUGCCGUCAUAUCUUCAAAAUUGAACAAAAUUAUUGAUGCUUACUGCAUGUUAGCAUAGCAACAAAGCGCAGUUCGACUGAUAACAUCAGUUCACACAUUGUUAGAAAAAUUAUAAAAUUGCAUGCAUGCAUUAUGGGGAAACAGGGAAAUUCUUUGAUAUACUGGCGAAGCCUACAUACUAAAUCUUUAUUUUGUCAUGGACUUUAUUUAUUUCUUUGCAUCAGUUGUUUGGGAUAGCUGCACACAUAAUGAACAAGAAACACUUGAAAAACUACAAUAUGAGGUGGCCUAAAUGACCUUAUCCCACCUUUAGUUAACGAAACAGUGCCAUAUAAUUUUCGUAAUAAUGACAACUUUGUGACUGCAGCACGCCGUACAGUAAUAUUUUGUAAAUCUGUAUACCAUCAUCAGUUAAGUUAUGGAAUGAAUUAGAACCUUCAGUUAGGGGAAUCACCCUCCUUAAACAUAUUUAAAGCAAAAUUUAAUGAAUUAUUUAAGCCUCCCAUUGUACCAAAGUAUUUCCUUUUUGGAGAAAGAGAAAAUGCAGUUUAUCAUGCUCGCUUAAGAAAUAAAUGUAACAACCUUAACUACGAUCUUUACAAUAGUCAAUUACGAAAUGACCCUUUUGUGAAUAUGGAAACGGAGAAGAAAAUGCAUAACAUUAUUUCAUUAUUUGUUAAAGAUACACUGAGGAAAGACUUCAUUUAUUUCAAUUAACAAGACUAUCCCAUCCUUUAAACACAAAUAUAUUACUCUUUGGAAAAGAAGAACAAACAGAAGAAGAAAAUAGUACAAUAUUUUUAACAGUGCAAGCUUUUUAUUUUUAUUAUUAUUAUACCAGACUUGUUGAGCGCCCUUUUCAUAUGAAAUAUACGUUCAAGGACGCUUUACAAUUAAACGUGUGACAUAUCGCAGAUAUGUAGGAAAAUCCCAAAACAUGGCAUAUGCUUUUAUUCAACAAUCAUCUGUUGUUGUUUUUUUCUCUCAAGUAACGUGCUCACAUUAAAUCUGUUUGGUAGAGUGUAACAUUUUUUCUAUUGGAAGGACUGUAUGCUGAUGUUGAAAUAACUCGUUGCCCGACCUUUUUGUUUUUUGUUAUGUGUUAAAAAUGUAUGUACUAUUGUGUUUAUCUUUGAAAUAGAAAGCAAUAUAAUAUGAUUAAACUAAAGAUCUCAUAAUAAUGGUGUUCGCAUGCGCUACAGGAAGGCGACAAAGCGAAAAGGCGUCUUUUCGCUUUGUAUCGGGCGACUAAGCGAAAUAGCGAGACAAUCUCGCUUUUUCGCCUUGUCGCGUUGUUGUUUUUUGCCUGUUGAGUUCUAAAUCUCACCUUUUCGCUCUGGCGCCCGCGACAAAGCGAAAAGACGACAACGCGCCAAAACCAGAAAUCUCGCCUUUUUGCUCUGGCGCCCGUGACAAAACGAAAAGGCGACAACGCACCAAUACCAAAAAUCUCGCGAAUAAAGGCGAAGUUGGCAGAAAUCAGCCACCACACUUUAGACCUUUGAUUUCAAGAAUAAAUAAUCAAAGAAAAUCUAAGAAGAACAACUAAUAAACUUAAGCCAACAUAAAACAGUGGUCAAAAGUGAAAGGAAAACUAAAAAUAUCCUUUUCCCAAAAACUGAUCAGGCAGACAAAAUAUGGCUUACAUUUGUUUAAAACUGUUUGUAUUUGAUAAACAACAUGCACACAUUUAUCAUGCCUUACACUUACAAUUAUUUUAUAAGUUGUACUGAGGCCCUGCUAGAAAGCUUAGUAGUGAAUGUAACUAAAACAAAAUAAUGCGAAAAUUCCUUUCAACUAAGAAACGUCACGUCAGAGCAUUUUAGCUAAAUUUAUUUUUAGUUCUCAAUCAUGACAUCUUGGUUUACACGAAAUUUUAUAUAUAUUAAAAUGUAAAAUGUAUAUCCAACAAUGAAAAAUUACCAAAGAAUUAAGCUAGUAUCACAUAUAUGUAACUGUAGUUAUAUUUGUCUUUUGAAUUUAUCCUUUUACAGUGUUUCUUAUGCUUACUCAUUUAUAAGCAUUUAUCUGACUGUUCAGGAGAACUUUCCUGCAAAUAGUGUAACACUAAAUUAGUUACUAACAACAAAUGUAAUUGCAAUAUUUUAAGGUUGUAGAUGGGUAAUGAGACGCUCUGCAAUUCCCGUGCAAUUAUAUGUUUGUAAGCAAUUCGACAUUUUUGCUUAACACGACCAUUUCUUGACGUAACUAAAAUGCUAAAAAAAUCCUAAAAAAGCAUAUGGACAAUACGUAAUUUUACUAGUUUCUUUACAGGUCCACUACCUUAAACAAACUAUAAGGUGUUUUAUCUGUUGUAAACAAGGUAAGCGGGUAAUGUAAGAUAUUCACAUUGAUCUAUAACUUAUCACCUGAGAGUGGGAAAUAUUGAUGAUAAAAUGUUUCUGGGGUUUGUUUACAUGAUAAAAUCUUAAACAACUUUACAUCAACUGAAAAAUUUAAGAAACAAUUGCUCUUGAGCAAUUUAAACCCAUAAAUAUAUAGACCCAAAAUAAACAGAAGAUGGACAUUACUGUUCACUCUUUUUCAUUUAUCAGUAAAGUAAGUAUAUUUCGUUAGUGACCUCUGAGCCUGACUUUUAAUGGGUAGUCAGAUACUUAGACUUUGCCACAUAACGGUUUGUCAGAUCAAAUUAAUAGGAAAAAAUAAAAAAUAGCUGCAUACAUAAUGUAUGUAGAACAGUCAGAUUUCGGGUUUGAAUAAAAUAGAUUCGAAUUUUGAGCUGAAGUGUGUCUUAAAAGAAGAUAUUCUCUUUUUUAUAUUCUAAUUUAAGACAGUACUCGUUUUUUGUUUUCAAAUUAUUUCGGUUUACGAGAAUUUUCAUAAUUUUCAAUUUUAACAUUGUCAUUUAUGAGUGCACUUCAAAUCCUUUUCCUACUACAACUGAUAUUUUCCAGUCUACAGUUCAUUUUCGCUUAAAGCAGUCACGGAUGAACUAUAUAUACAUUUUGUAUUUUGAUUUAAUAUAAUGUACAUAUGUUUGGACCAACAGCAAUAUUGCUAUUGACGUUUUAAGAAGCAAGUCUAUUUAAUAGAGUUGGUAAAAUACUGCAAUGAUAAAUGAAUGACGCACCGAUAUUAUGUUUUAUCCAUUGUGUGUGUGUGUUCAAUGGUUGUGGACUCAAAUUACAGCCUUUAGUACCAGAUAUUGACAUUGGCGUUGAGAGCUUUAGUUCUAAUUUUUUAACAUGUACUUUCCUUCGAUAUAAAAACAACUGCGAAAACAUAAAUGAGAUUCAACCACUUCAGGCAAUCUAACGCACAAGUACUAGAUCUAGUUUGAUCUGAGGAAGUUGUCAGUAACUUAAGUUACUUGUCGACAAUAGGUUUAUAAUUGUGAGGCAUCCAGGAAUCAUAGUCAACUGAACUGAAUGCUAAUAUUAUAUUAAAUGCUAUCGAAAAAUUGCUGCAGAAUCACACCAGGAGAACAAAUGGGAUCAAUAUUCUUUGUAUUUUGUAUGUGUUUUUAGCAUCAUGAAUAAGAUAUAUAAAAUCUGAAAAGUAGAUCCCUCGGAAGCACCGAAAACAAGGCAAAGAGUGAAAAUUGCAGACUCGGUUUGACUGAGUCUGUUCAUGAGCAGUAAUGGAAAAUGUAACACUGCCCACGCCCCCUAGCACCGGCUUCAGCAGUAUUCAAUCUUCAAAUCUAAAUGAGUUGAAAUCAAUAAUCCCGAAGGACCAGAAAAUAUAAGUGGCGGCAGAUGUGAUCAGUGCUAAGUUCUCUCCAUAUUACACUGGUGGGAGUCGAAUGACUUCAGACACAAUGUCUUUAUCGAAUCGUUAUAAAUAACAUACACGAACACGGUCUUACCGAGAAGUCUCUAAUAAUCUAAACAUUUCUAUCAUGAUAAACAAUGUGGACACUGUAUUACGACCACACUGAUCAUAAAAGCAUAGAUUAUGAUCAAAGAUGGAGGGGUAUAAUUUCGACUUUGUCUUUCCAUCCGUUCGUUCGUUCGAAGACAUACGUAAUUCACUUCUUUCAUGUCAACUUUUGGUAAGCUUAUGAUAGAGAACAUGAGAACAUGUCUUCUCUUCCACUCAGUUUUAGACUCUCGGCUAGUAUUGGCUUUUCAAUUUACUAACAGACAAAAGAAAGUUCUCUGUAGGCUCUUCAAAGUGUUGAAAGUAGACCAAACUUAUACCGUACUCUACUUAAUUUAUUUAGCUGUUUAGACGUUUGAUAUAGACUCUAAUUAUCAAUAAAACAACUGCCAAUACAAGAGUUGGUCAUUUUGCUUCAGAUAUUUUGAGGUCAUUUUUUUUUAAAUAUAAAAUAUUUCUAUUAUAACAUGACAGAGAGGAAAAGCAACAGUAUGUUUAGUAAAUCGAUGCACUUAGCUGUCACUCCAAGCCGAAAAUAACCCGUAAAGACGAUUUUUGAUUUUAGGUACCAUCUUUACAUCAAGUUAUAAUGAUAAAUCCCCUUUAAUAAAAUAUAUGAACUGAAUAAUAAUCCUUUAAAGGUCUGUAAUUUGAGAAUGCAUACCGAUCUUUUCAUAGCCAGGUAGUUAGAUAGAGCGAAUUUUAACAUACUCAUACGGAUAUCUACAUUAACAUGAGUCCCAGGUUAACUUUGAGAAGCUCGUUUACGGUAAUUGUGUGCAUAGUUACCUUAUUAACAAUAAAUACGUUAUUCCACACUUUCAAAUAUUCACCACGGAAGCCGAUUUUUAGAGAAAGACUUUGGAAUGAUUUUCAUGCGGAUCAUUUUGUUCGGUGGUUUAAUUCGUCGAGUGAGAAGCUUACUGAAAUGAAGGUUGUAAACAGGUCAGAUCCGAAAACGGGUGAGUUAGAAGAUUUCACUAUGUAUAGUCUCUUGGAUCCCAAAGAGCAGUUUGAAACAUCGUUUAAGAAAUUUGCAGAAAAUGCCACACAAAAGGUACUGCUAAUAUUCAAUAUGCCAGGAUUUGAGAACGUAGUGACGACAAAUGAAAAGUUUAAGACUUGUGAAUACAACAACUGCAUGAUGACAAGCGACAAGUCUUACCUUAAAACGGCCGAUGCUCUUUUGUUUAUAAUAUGCAACAAAGGUAUGGGAUCUAAACCACCGAUUAGCCAGCAGAACAGAAAUCCCAAUCAGGCAUGGAUAUUCAAGUGCGGUGAAACGCCAAUACAUCAUUGGUUUAGUGAUUAUAAAUCAGCUGCUUGGGAUAACACAAUGAAUUGGUCAAUAUCUUACAGAAUCGAUUCAGAUAUGCCACAUCCUUAUGGAUAUCUUAAAACUAGGACAGUCCCAAGAACAUUGGAUUAUGAAUCUAUUUAUCAAGCUAAAACAAAAACUGUUCUAUGGGUUGUAAGUAACUGCAAUACACAAAGUGCACGUGGUCAGUAUGUCGCUGAACUUCAGAAGUAUGGAGUAGAUGUUGAUAUUUACGGGCGAUGUGGACCAAACCAUCGCAUUGACAAUGACAAUUUGAAUAAGAUAAUGCCAAAAUAUAAGUUUUACCUUGGAUUUGAGAAUUCUUUAUGCAACGAUUAUGUCACAGAAAAGUUUUUCUUUUAUUACGACUUUAAUUGGAUUGUUAUUGUCCGAGGUGGCGCCGACUACGAUCAUCUGCUACCGACGAAAACUUACAUUAAUACUGCCCACUUCUCAAAUGUGUCACUCUUGGCCGAAUACCUUUUGUAUCUUGGGAAUGACAUAGACAAAUAUGUUGACUUCUUGCGGAAGAAAGAUCGUUAUGAACAAAAGUACGAAUAUGGUCACAAAUAUAGUAUAUGCGAAAUCUGUAGAAGACUAAAUAAUGUUUCGAAGUUUAAGAAGACGUACAUCAAUAUGCGUGAUUAUCUUGAAAAUGGACAGUGUCGAAUGCCCACAGAUGUCAAGAGUUCGGAGAGUCAUACGCGAUAUCAGAAUCACGAACGCGUGUUCAAUCCUGUUAAAUGACUAGACUGGUGAAUGCAAUGUCAGUUUCUUAACACUUCUUAUACCGAAUACCUUUUGUAUCUUGGAAAUGACAAAGACAGAUAUAUCGACUUACUGCGGAAGAAAGAUCGUUAUGAACAAAAGUACGAAUAUGGUCAUAAAUAUAGUAUAUGCGAAAUCUGUAGAAGACUAAAUAAUGUUUCGAAGUUUAAGAAGACGUACAACAAUAUGCGUGUUUAUCUUGAAAAUUGACAGUGUCGAAUUCCAACAGAUGUCAAGUUUUUGACGAGUCAUACGCGCGCUCAUGUUGGGAAAAUUUACGGCCCAACCCUUUCGCUUCUGAUUUCAAUGUAUAUAUCACUUAAGGUAACAUGUUUUUCUAAUUUUCAUUGAUCCGUGUUAAAAUAACGCAUGUGUUUAUUCGUAUUAUAAUUCGUAUUAUAAACAUGUAUUGAUUCGUUUGCAGUAAAAUAUGUCUAAACUAGUCAUACAUGAUAUCAGAAUCAUGAGCGCGUUCUCAAUCAUGCUAAAUGAUUAAACUGGUGAAUGCAAUGUCAGUUUCUUAUUUGUUAAUGUACUAAUUAUGUUAGUUAAUGUAGGUAAAAGAGUCGAUUUUCUUCUAACUGUCCACCUGCAUGACAGGACAUGCUCGAAUCAUGACAUUAUAAAGACAGCUGCCACUCGUUUUUAAAUACAGCCAGCCGUCUUCCAGCUUGGCAAAUCUUUAUUUUUCCAACAUAGAAAGUGUUUUCUAACAUAGAAAGUGU